AUGAGCCGGAAGCUCGCCCCCGAAGCCAAUCGGAUUCUCUUUGUAAAGAACCUCAACUACAACGUCACAGCUGAGCAACUCUUUGACCUCUUCGGCAAAUUUGGUCCCAUCCGCCAAAUACGUCAGGGAAUUGCCAACAACUCGAAGGGCACGGCCUUUGUGGUUUACGAAGACGUUCAUGACGCCAAACAGGCAUGCGAUAAGCUCAAUGGAUUCAACUUCCAGAACAGAUACCUCGUCGUUCUAUAUCACCAGCCCGAGAAAAUGCUUAGGUCGAAAGAGGACUUGGCGGAAAGGCAAGAGAAUUUGGAGCGUCUCAAACAGCAACAUGGGAUAGAAUGA